ACCAUCAGAAACUUUCAAGAUCAUGGGAUGCUUUUCAAUUUGUUUCAGCACUUCCAAGCAUCGGAAACUAAAGAAAUCUGUUACCCCAACCACUUCAUCUCCUUCUCUAAAUCAGGGAAAUGAGAACAAGUGCGAGUCUAUUCUGUUCACGGUACCCACCCAAGAAUCAACAAAUCUUGGUUCGCUAAAAACCCCCAUUUCGGAAUCAAGGGAUAAUAGUGAAGAUCAGCUGAUCAAUGAAAGUUGUGAUAAGACUGUUACUAUAGAUAUAGAUGUUGACACCAAUGCAGAUAUCUCAGUGGAAGAGGUUGAAAUUCUCUCGGUGGAAAGCAAAGAAGGUAAGGAGAAAAAUGUGAAUGAGAGUGGGAGAUUAGGAUUUCUUGUGCAACUUGAGAAUGAAAAAGAGAGGGACAAAGAAGAAGUGGGGAAAUUGGGGGUUCUAGUGCAGAUUGAGAAUGAAAAGGAGAGAAAAAACGAAGAACAUAAAGAUUUAGGGGUUCAUGUGGAAAUUGAGAAUGAGGAGAGAAAGAAGGAACCGAAAGAAGAAGAUGAAGAUUUUGGGGUUCAUGCAGAAACUGAGGAUGAAAAGAAGAUAGAGAGGGAACUGAAAGGAGAAAAUCAAAGUUCAGGAGUUGAAAAUCGAGCCUUCUCUGAUUCUAGUGUUUCAAGCUAUAUAUCCUAUCCACCGAUGCAUAGAUACCAUAACUGUGAGAUCGAUGAGGAUGAAGAUCAUGUUAUUGUUCAAGAGGAUUCAUCCGAAUCCUUAUUUUCUUUGGCAAUUGAUCCAAGGAGGCAAUCAAAGUCUAGUCCAGUUGAAGUUGAUGAUAAAGAGGUCAAUAGUCCACUGAAAACCAGUUGUUCACCGAAGCUGAAUACAAAAUCAAUCAGGCCUUGUCCUAAUAGGAGUGAUCUCAAUCCGAACAUCGAUUCUUUGUUGAACCCAAUUGAGAAUCUUUCUCAAUGGAAAACAUUGAAGGCGGAACCAACGCCUACCUUGGAUCACCACCAAGAAAAAGAAAAUAUGUAUUUAGAGCUAGAAGAAACCAAUAUCCCGUUAAGCAAAGAGCCUAGCUUUAAAGUUUCGGAUCAGAAGGGGAAAGUGAAAGGCGAUAAUAGUGCAGUAAAUACAAGCCUUUCGAGUUGGUUGAUUGGACCAGAUAAGACACCCACAAUAAGCAAGGGAGAUAGUCAAUUUUCUACAGGGAAUUCUUUUUCAUAUUCUGACGAGGCAACUUCUUGGAAGAGCUUUGAAGAUAGACCCAUUUUAGGAGCUUGGACCAUUGAUGAAGUGAGACAGGUAUCUGCAAGAUCAUCUCCAAGAAAGUCACCAUGCCGCAACCCUGAUGAGAUGCCGAUCAUAGGAACUGUGGGGAGUUAUUGGAGUCAUACUGGACAGGCUGCAGAUUCUUCAAACAUAGGAAAAUCCAGAAGAAACAGAGAGAAAAAAGCCUCAAGCUGUCACUCUACACCCACUAAGACAAGAUUGGAGAGAGGAUUGGACAAUGGUGCUGCUUAAGUUAACUUAUAAAACUGCAUUUCAAAAGUACAGUCACUUUUCUUGUAUUUUGUGUGGUGAUAGAGUGAGUAUACUUUGAAUAAAGGGUAUGAUAGUGUUUUUGUCAA